AGUUUAUAUAAAUAACAAUGCCUCCUAAAAAGUAAAAAGAUGAUGGAGCAUAAAACAAUGCAGCCAAGAUCACGAUGCUCGAUUUCGAAGCCAAAAGAUUGUAGAUGAGAAUAGUGGAGGAACAAAUGAGAGCUGAUCGUUCCAAAACAUAAGAGAUGCAGUUACAAUAAAAAUAUUUAAGUUUGGAAAAGGACUUCAAAGGAGAGAAGGAAAAGUUAUUCAAUAUCAGUACAGAUAUGAAUAGACAAUAUAAGCAAAUGCAAGACGAAUUACUUAAGGACAUCAAUGAGCUGAAUGCUACUGUCAAGGAGAAGGAUGAGGUUAUUAGUAAAAUAUAUUAUAAAGUAUACCUAGAAACAAAAGAAUAGCAGAUAACCGAUUAUCGAUCUAGUUAUGAGGAGAAACUGAAGAAGAAAGAUCAGGAUAUUGCAGAACUAAGGAAGAAGAUUGAUGACAUGUCAUUAGAAUUUGCAGACAUGCUCAAAGAGACCUUAAAUAAGAUGUAGGAACGUAUAGAGUUGGCUCAAUGGGAUAACAAUUCAGAUAAUCAAGUUAUGAGGAAUUUUAAGGAAGCUUCAGGUUUUGGCAAUUGA